GAGGGGACUGCAGAUGAGAUUCUGACUACAGACAGGAAGCUGUGCAAAAGGCUGCUAACUGGAAACAAACAUUAACCCUUUGAAAAGAUAUGGCGACUACACUCUUUGGAUUAAAAACAGCAGACAAGAAGCCAGUUGCUCUUAAGGAUGUCUCAGUGUCUGUGCAGGUGAAGGGUAUCAUUGCAGAUGUUACUGCAACACUCCUGUACAAGAAUGAUUUACAAGACCCGGUGGAAGCUGUGUUUUUCUUCCCAAUGGAUGAUGAUGCUAUUGUGUAUAAAUUUGAAGCAGUGAUUGAUGGGAAAACUAUCAUCGCAGAAAUUAAAGAGAAAAAUGCUGCCCGUCAAGUCUAUGAUGAUGCCAUCAGCAGUGGACAGCAGGCAUUUCUGCUAGAAGAAGAUGAAAUGAGUGCAGAUAUCUUCCAUUGCACUGUGGGUAAUCUGCCACCUGCACAAGAAGCAGCUGUCUGUAUCUCGUAUGUCAUUCAACUCUUUCUAGAAGCAGACCAAGCUGCACGAUUUGUACUGCCAGCUGUUCUUAAUCCACGCUACUCUCCACCAGACUACCCAGUUAAGAAUGUUACUCAAAGCAUACCUCGAGUGGCUGUACAUCAACUACCCUAUAGGCUACACCUGAGUCUCCAAGUGGAGGGAGUGCAGGAAAUCCAGGCUAUUAAAUCUAAUUGUGCACUUACAGACAUUGUCUACAGUGAUGACCUGAAGACCUCAGCACAGACAACACUAAAGGAGGGAUACAAGUUUGACAGAGAUGUUGAAAUUCUGAUUUAUUACCUGAACCCAUGCUUAACCUAUGGUCUGGUGGAGAAAGGAAAUGCAUCAUCCCCACAAGGAACCAUAAUGGCAGAUCCAAUGGUGACACUGUGUGUGUAUCCAGACAUUCAAGAUGACAGUAUGGAUACUUACCAAGAGUUUAUUUUUGUUGUUGAUCGGUCUGGAAGCAUGACAGAUAUAAUUAGAUCAUCUGGGAAAAACAAGAUUGAAACUGCAAAAGAAACACUAGUCUUGCUUCUUAAAAGUCUGAGAAAAGGAUGUUUUUUCAAUAUUUAUGGAUUUGGCGAUACAUUUGAGUCAUUAUUUCAAACGAGUGUGGAAUACAAUCAGGUGUCAAUGGAUUUGGCCUUGAAAAAAAUAAAAAAAUGUAAUGCAGACCUUGGUGGAACAAAAAUCCUUGAGCCACUUCAAGACAUCUUUUCAAAGUCCCUGGAAAAGGAUUACACUCGCCAGGUCUUUCUUUUAACAGAUGGAGAGGUCAGCAACACUGCACAGAUUAUUGAAGAAGUAAAGAAGCAUGCCAGCACACAUCGGUUUUUUACACUUGGGAUUGGUGAAGGGGCCUCAACAUCCCUGAUAAAAGGGGUAGCAACAGCUUCUUAUGGGAAAUAUGACUUCAUCACAGGAAAGGCCAGGAUGCAGGCAAAGGUGUUAAGGUGUCUGAAACUGUCCUUCCAGAGAAGUGCUACUAAUAUCUCCUUGCACUGGAAACUUCCUGGUGGAGUGGAAGCAGUGGUCUGUCCUAAGGCUCCAGAGGUCAUAUUCCAUCAAGAAAGGACUGUCGUCUAUGCUCAGCUUAAGGGUCUGGAGAGCAACCACAUGGAAGAAAAAGCAGAGGCUACAUUGCGUUACUUUUGUGGAACCAUGGAAUACCAACAAGCUUUAGAAUUUUCCUUAAAACCUGCAGAAACUGACAGCUUCUCCAUACAUUUCAUGGCUGCAAAACUUUUGAUAAAGAACGGACUUGAUGGCAUGGAGGAAUGUUCAACUCAGGAGAGCAUUGAUCAAAUAGUGAAAAUUAGUAUUGAAUCCAAUGUCAUCUCACAUUACACAGCCUACAUAGCAGUCUACAAAGAUGGCAAAGAACCUCUCCAGAGGCCUAUGACGAGGCAGGAUAUCCCACUUAUUGAUUCUCAAACUUUUCACCUGCGUAAAGGCACUCCAUUUGGGUGCAUUGGAGGCUGCAUACUAGCACUUAUAAGCUUUUCGUGUUGUCAACAUUCCUCAGGACAUUCAGGCCAUUCCAGUCCAAGUUCUUCUAUUCAGGAAAAUGAAUCACUUUUUGACAGUAAGGAAAAUCAGUUGAUGGUUUUGAUUGGUCUACAAAAGGCUGAUGGUUCCUGGAACAUGGAUAAUGCCCUUGCUAAAAUUUUUAUAUCUACAGAAAGCAAGCUAAAGAGCAGCAUUCCUGUUAAGGGGGUAGAUCCCACUCUUUGGGCAACACUUUUGUCUCUAAUAUGGCUUCAUGCUCAUGGCAAAAAUGUUAAAGAUGAUUGGGAGCUCCUUGCUUCAAAGGCUGUCUCCUGGCUAAAAUCCAAGUCAGCAGGUAUCGACUUGAAAGAGUGGAUUGAGGCUGGCAAUGAUUUUCUGAAAACAGAGGUAGAACCAGGACAGCUAGGGAUCUGAAAAGACACCUGUUCAUUCACGCAAAGAGCUGCACUCAUUUUGUGACUUCUUAUCUUCAUGCUUUAUAAAUGAAAUAAUGUACUUAAUUAUAAAUGUAUGUUUUUAAUUCUAUAAUGGUGCUAUUUAAUGUAAUCAUAAAUAACUGCAUCCAAAGAACUGCUGAACAAAAGUGUAAGCAUUUGUACUGAUAAAAUAAUUGCUUGUCAUCACUAAAACUGUGAAAAAUUCCUCUGAUAUUUUCAUAACCAUAGUCAGCACAUAAAGAGGAAAGCAGGCGUAACUGUGAUUUGCAGUAUAUUUACAAAUAUGCAAUAGUGAGACUUGCUUUCAAGGCGCUGAAUAUAUCACUUUAUUUCAGCUUUUCCUGGUUAGGGGUCACCACAGCAGAACUCUGGUCUGCUAAUGAUUGGCAGUGGACUUUUACGGUGCCAAGUUACCAACCCGGCCUUCAAAGAAGGCACACCCAUUCACGCACACACCUACCUGCAUGUCUUUAAAUGUCACUCAACUGCAGAGAGGACAUGCAGAUGCCACACAGAAGGCACUCCAGCCCAGAAUCAAACAGGCAAACCUCUUGCUGUGAGGAGACGACACUAACUGCUGCACCACCAUGAUAAUGCAGUAAUCCUUAAUUCUGAAAAUUACGAACUGAUACAACACUGUGAAAGAUAUCCAAAAUGCCCAGGUGUCUCCAAAAAGUGACAAUAAUACUCAGAUAACCGUGAAGACUUUAUUUCUUACAAAAACACAAACGUUAAGCGCUUUCACCCAGCUAAAUUGGGCUUCAUCAGAACGUGAUAAUGACAAAAUGCUGGUGCUUAAAUACAAAAUUUGGCACCAAACAUUAUUUCUUUAAAAAGACAUACACUUAAUAAAAUGUUCAACAAAUAAAAUUCAUUGUAUCUAUCAAUAGUGCUUGAUAACAAUUUCAUAUAUUUUGAGGGUGAACACUUCUGUCAAACCAGAGGUGUUGCAAUGGGGGCAGCAUGUGUCCCCAUAUUUGCGAACCUGGUCAUGUUAGACUGGGAAGACACGGUUCUUUUUCCCAAUAUGUACUACAAGCAUAUCAAGCACUACUCAAGAUUCCUUGAUGACAUAUAUAUCCUUUGGGAAGGUAGCACUGAUAAAUUAGAAGGUUUACUCACUCAUGUGAGAUUUCUUAAUCCAGGACUGUCCCCAGUGCAUGGAACUUUAUAGCUGAAAAUGUUAGCCAGAGUGACAAUCUGAAACAGUUCAAGAAAACUCUCUAACCAGCUUUUUAAGGGAAAAACAAAACUGCAGCUGGUCAGAGAAAGUAACUGUAUUUAGUUCUAAAUAUAUUAAUAUUUCCCAUCUCUGUUUGUGUCACAUAAUCUUAAGCAAUGAGAUAAGUGUAACAUAAAACUGCAUUUGUGCUGCUUCAUAGUUGGAUGGAAGGAGCAAUAAAAGCGAUGUUUUAUAUACUGUUAAAUGUAAUAAUGCAUGUAGGUGUUAAUCAUGAAUCCUUAUAUUAUAUGAUGCGUCUCAUGUACCUACAUACUGUUUACACCUUCUGUAUACUAUGACAAGGUAUUGUGUGUUUUUAUUUAAUGUGCUAUGUUGUCUGUGUUUGCCUGAGUAACAUGAGACACUUAACACAUGUUAAAUAAAUGAAUAAAUAAAUGAAUGAAUGAAUAAACAAAA